GGCUGAUUGUGUUUGUGUUAGGUGGUUGGAGCAAUCGAUAUGAAACCCUAGGUUUCAUUCUGGAGUAAUUCUUUAGGAUUGGAACUCACACUAAUCAGUACUACGAUCAGAGUUGUUAAUACUAAGUUAUUCGAGCUGUGACCUUGCAUAUUAGAGAUCAUUUCAUUUCCAAGCUACCCAAAUUAGGGUAGGUAAUACUGCAUAUCAAUCUCAUCUAGAAGUUUUCAAAAAUUUUCACUUCUGGGACCACUAUGUGGAAUUUUCAUGUCUCACUUUCGACAAAAUUAGCUCAAGUAAUAAAAUUCAAACAACCAUUCAGAACACGUAUCUACCAUUACACUCUCCAACCGAAGAUGGUUAAAUAUAAUGAGUUAAUAGACCCAGAAGAUCCUCGUCUUGUAAAAGCCGUUGCUCCAGCACAAAAAUGGGAACAUACGGGUUCUAAUUAUGAUGAACUUGUCUCAAGAAUUGUGGGGAUGAUGACUAUUAGAGGCGAAAGAGAGGUGGCUAGAAAUGUAAUGCGCAUGGCGUUUAGAGAAAUAAAACUAAUACAGAUGCGGAAAAACAAAAGUAAUGCUAGUGUUAUUAAUCCCAUUAUUGUGAUUCAUGAAGCAGUAAAGAACUGUACACCUUUACUACUGCUACAAUCAGUACCACGUGGUGGUAUUUUAUACAAGGUUCCUGCCCCUCCAGUAUCUUCUUCAGUUGCCACGCAUACUGCAGUGAAAUUUAUUUUGGACGCAGCUAGAGGAAAGCCACGUGAUCAACGCAUAUGGAUAUCUCUGGCAAACGAAUUUAUGACAGCUUCACAAAACCAAGGGAAAGCUGUCAAAUACAAGGUUGAAUUACAUAAACAAUGCGAAGAGAAUCGUGCAUAUGCUAAUUUUAGAUCACAUUAGCUAAUUUCCUUACAAAUUGUUUUUCUAUAGAAAUCGCACGCUUGUAAAUAUCCAUUUGUUAUAAUAGAUAUUUUUUUAUAAACAUAUCUUUUCGUGUGUAUCUUGUUCUUUAAAUUUACUUCCAAGAAUGUUUGCCUCAGUGUUUGCAUUAGAAAGCCUAUCUGAUGAAUAUUUAGUUUUCUCAAAUAAAAUUAUCACUGUCUUCUGUUGAACUGGUGGGCUACAUUUCUCUAGUUCAUUGGAAUUAUUGAACACCUGAACAACUAAAUCGCUUUAGUAUAGAAAAACAUUCUUGCUAAUGUUAGAAUUCUGUUUCUAUUUUGGGUUUCCUAUAAACCUAUAGCUUAUGGCUUUCUUAUGAGCCUGUCCGCUUAAUCUUUUUGACGAAAAGCUAUGUAGUUUAUCCACUAAUUAUUUCAAUAUACA